CAUCACCUCGACCACCACCGCCAUCACACCGCCACCAUCACACACUUGGAGUCCGGCGCUCCUCGCCCCGCCCACGCCUGCAGAGUACUUCGCGUCCCCAGGCGAUGUGAAUUACGCGCAAAUACUUGACCUUCAAGUAAGGUCCUCAUGUGCUGAGAGGAGAGCAGGGCAGAUGCUUGGCCGCUGCUCCGACUCCCUUACGCCGCGGGACUUGUGGCCGACUGGGCACGGCGAGCGAGGUGCGCAGGCGGCCGCAUGGGGGCAGCACCGUGCGUCGGCGGGGGAGGAGUUACGGCUGGGAAGGCGGAGUUUAUGGAACACUAAAGUAGAUUGCCAUUAUACUCAUGGUAACUCAUGUGCUCGCUGCAACAUUUAGGGACACUUUUCAGGGCAAGGAACCUGCACAUCAAGCACCGGAAUGCGUGCCGGCCGCUUAGCAAAGUAACCACACAGGUGGAGGCUAGCCAGGUGACCUUAUAUAUGAAAAAUAAAGGCAGACUACGCACCCGCCCAUGUUUACUGAGUGUAUCGACGGUUGGACGAGUGUAAGUGGUGGGCGUGUCCUUACCACUACAAAGACACACACGCGAUGCCCUGACCACGUUAGUUGAAUAUCUGCAAGUGGAUAGAGCACAUUGGAGCGCUGUGUUUCCUUUCUUUGAUACAAAUUCCGAGCUGUUACCAGGAAAGAAUCAAGAUGAUGGACGUCGGGAGCGGCGUGGACGGGGGUCAGUCCGCCCAGUACCCGACAGGCUACGGCCCCAUGUCUUCACUGCAAGACUUCUACUCCAACUCCCAGCACUGCUCCUACUCCAACCCCGGUCGCUUCGGGCAGGGGGGAAUGUACCGUGCUCACCCCCACUUCCCCACGCCCCUCCACUCCUGGCUGGGCUCGGACAAGAUGGCCGCUGCCGCCGUGGCCCCCACCGCCUACAACACACCAGCCGCCUCCUGGCACACGCCCUUCGCUAAGACCUACCAGCCCACGCCCACGCCAGCCCAUCAGACCCACCAGCCCACACAGGGGUAUGCUGGGUACGGAUAUCCGCCCACACCGCCUGAUGACUCCCCCACAGCCGCCACGCAGCAGGGGCCGCCUCCCCCGCCGCAGCCGCAGCCGCACGAGCACCCCAUGAGCACCAGCCCCAUGCCGCAGCAAGCACAGCAGCAACCGCAGCCCGAGCCGCCCGCCGCCCGCAUGACUCCAGACCGGGUCACGGCCUCGCCCGCCGGUGGCACCAUCGCGGGCGUCAACGACAUCAAAAGCGACUCCUCGUACACGCCCGUCUUCAGCUCCUCCUUCCCCUCCAAGCCGUCCCUGUCCCUCUCCCCCGCCCACUCCACCGCCCACCCUUCGGGCUACACAGGCUACCCUUCCCACUCCUCUAUGGACUUCGCGCACACUGGCUACUCGGGCUUCUACCCCUCCUCGGGCAUGACGUCCAUGUUCAGCAAGCCCUUCCCCAGCGUGCCGUCCACACCCAUCUCCCCGUCACAGGAGAAGUCCAAGAACUCCAAGCGAUCCAGCACCGAGGGCCGUGAGUGCGUCAACUGCGGCGCCACGUCGACGCCGCUGUGGCGACGCGACGGCAACGGCCACUACCUGUGCAACGCCUGCGGCCUCUACUACAAGAUGAACGGACAGAACCGCCCGCUCAUCAAGCCCAAGCAGCGCACGUCCGCAAAUCGUCGGGAAGGAACGUCUUGUGUGAACUGCAAGACUCAAACGACGACCUUGUGGCGACGGAACCAGAAUGGCGAGCCAGUGUGUAACGCCUGCGGCCUCUACUACAAGCUGCACAACGUCGCUCGCCCGCUGUCCAUGAAGAAGGAAGGCAUUCAGACCCGCAACCGCAAGCUGAGCUCCAAGUCCAAGAAGAAGAAGGGAAUGCUGGGCUUCCCGGACAUGCUGAAGCCUCUGGACAAGGGCGGCUUUGGCGGCUUUGGCACCGGCGGCUCCGGGUUCGGCUCCAUGUCCCACUACAUGUACGGUGGCCAGAUGCACGGCUCCUCCAUGGCGGGCGGCUUCAUGUCGGCGCCGCCCAUGCACGGCAUGUCCGCCAUGUCAGGAGGCCUGGGCAGCCUGGGCCUGUCGUCCGCCGCCGCAGCCUCCGCAGCCUCGCUAGGGCUAAGUUCGGGUUUCUGCACCGUGGCUGCGUAAGGACACGCCCCGUAGCCUCCCCAAGGGGCGGCCCGAGGUGGGCAGCUCCAGGGCACCACGUCCGACUAUAGUGUACAAAUUGGUGUGAUGAGCAGCGGCACAAAGGGCGGAGCGGCAGGCGGGAGCGGGCAUGCGCUGCACCACUACUCUAGUGUACAUAGUGUACCAUAGACCAAAUAGAGAAUAUUUAACUCAUCACAAUUUUCUUGUCUUAGAUUAAGUUGAGCAACAUAUUGCAUAUUGUAAUAUCGCUAAUGUAACUAUGUGACGGAAAUAAACUGAAAACUUGA